AUGUUUUUCUUCUGUAUCCAUUUUCUUUCUUUCUUUUCUUUUUUUUCUUUUUUUUUUCUUUCUUUUGUUUUCUUUCUGUAUUUUAAUAGUCUUUCUUUCAUUCUUUCUUUCUUUUUUCUUUCAUUCUUACUUUCUUUCUUACUUAUUCUUUCUUUCAUUCUUUCUUUCUUUUUCUUUCAUUCUUACUUUCUUUCUUACUUAUGUUUUUUUUUUCUAUCCAUUUUCUUUCUUUCUUUCUUUCUUUUUUUUUUUUCUUUCUUUUUUUCUUUUCUGUAUUUUAAUAGUCUUUCUUUCAUUCUUUUCUUUCUUUUUUUCAUUCUUUCUUUCUUUCUUUUCUUUCUUUCUUUUUUCUUCUUUUUCUUUCUUUCAUUCUUUCUUUUUUUUUCUUUCAUUCUUUUCUUUCUUUCUUUUUUCUUUCUUUUUUUUUUUUUCUUUUUUUUUUCUUAUUUUCUUCUUUUUUCUUUCUUUUUUUUUUUUUUUUUUUUUUUCUUUUUGUAUUUUAAUUUUUCUUUUUUAAUUUCUUUCUUUUUUCUUUUUUUUUUUCAUUCUUUUUCUUUCUUUUUUUCUUUUUCUUUUUUCUAUGUUUUUUUUCUUCUGUAUCCAUUUUCUUUCUUUCUUUUCUUUCUUUUUCUUUUCUUUUUUCUUUCUUUUUUUUUUUCUUUCUGUAUUUUUAAUAGUCUUUCUUUUUCAUUCUUUCUUUUCUUUUUUUUUCAUUUUACUUUCUUUCUUUCUUUCUUUCUUUUUUUUUUUUUCUUUCUUUUUGUUUUCUUUCUGUAUUUUAAUAGUCUUUCUUUCAUUCUUUCUUUCUUUUUUUCUUUCAUUCUUUUCUUUCUUUCUUUUCUUUCUUUUUUUUCUUUUCUUUUGUUUUUUCUGUAUUUUAAUAGUCUUUCUUUCAUUCUUUCUUUCUUUUUUCUUUCAUUCUUACUUUCUUUCUUACUUAUGUUUUUCUUCUGUAUCCAUUUUCUUUCUUUCUUUCUUUCUUUCUUUCUUUUUUCUUUCUUUUUCUUUCUUUCAUUCUUUCUUUCUUUUUUCUUUCAUUCUUACUUUCUUUCUUUCUUUCUUUCUUUUUUCUUUCUUUUGUUUUCUUUCUGUAUUUUAAUAGUCUUUCUUUCAUUCUUUCUUUCUUUUUUCUUUCAUUCUUACUUUCUUUCUUACUUAUGUUUUUCUUCUGUAUCCAUUUUCUUUCUUUCUUUCUUUCUUUCUUUCUUUUUUCUUUCUUUUGUUUUCUUUCUGUAUUUUAAUAGUCUUUCUUUCAUUCUUUCUUUCUUUUUUCUUUCAUUCUUACUUUCUUUCUUUCUUUCUUUCUUUUUUUUUUUUCUUUUGUUUUCUUUCUGUAUUUUAAUAGUCUUUCUUUCAUUCUUUCUUUCUUUUUUCUUUCAUUUCAUUCUUUCUUUCUUUCUUUCUUUCUUAUGUUUUUUUCUUUGUUUCCAUUUUCUUCUUUCUUUCUUUCUUUCUUUUUCUUUCUUUCUUUUUAAUUUCCUUUUUGCAUUUUUUGCACAUCUUUAUUUAUAUUCAUGCUCUAUCACACUAACUCUUUCUUUUCUCUCUCUUUCUUUUCUCUCUUUCUUUUUCUUUUUUUUCCUUCCUUUCUUUCUUUUUUCUUUCUUUCUUUCCUUUCUUCCUUUUUUCUUUCUUUCUUUCUUUUUCCUUCCUUCCUUUCUUCCUUUCUUUCUUUCUUUUUCCUUCCUUUCUUCCUUUCUUUCUUUCUUUCUUUCUUUCUUUCUUUCUUAG